GUGCUGCGGGAAUUCUGUAUUUCGUGUUAAGAGAAGAGAGGUGUCUUCCAAAGGAAAAAACCGCCUGGCGCUAUGAAGGACGUGCUCAAGUAUCUUACGGGAUUCGGCUGUGAGUUCUCCAGCGAAGAUGAGCGUUGUCCAGGAGCGCUGCCCAUUGGGCAGAACAAUCCACAGAAAUGUCCAUAUGGUCUUUAUGCGGAACAAUUAUCGGGCACUGCGUUUACUGUUCCGCGUAGUCACAAUAAAAGAUCGUGGCUGUAUCGGAUAAGACCGUCCGUCGUUCACAGUCCAUUCAAACCCUUCAUUAAAGCCCAUGGUGCCGAAUCUUAUAUGAAGAACGAUUGGAACGAUACUUACCCCAAUCCCAACCAGUUAAGAUGGAAGGCCUUUGACAUUCCGAGUCGACGAGAUCCCGAAGUCGACUUUGUCGAGGGUCUUCACACUCUGUGCGGUGCCGGCGAUCUCAAGGUGCGCCAAGGUGUCGCGGUGCACGUGUACUUGUGUAACGCAUCUAUGAAAGAUAGGGCUUUCUAUAACGCCGAUGGUGAUUUUCUCAUCGUUCCACAGUUGGGCGAUCUGCACAUCACCACCGAGUUCGGCAAAAUACAAUGCGAGCCAAACGAGAUAUGUGUCAUUCAGCAGGGAAUGCGAUUCUCCAUAACCGUCUUCGGCCCAUCCAGAGGUUACAUCCUCGAGGUCUUCGAUAAUCAUUUCCAGUUGCCAGAUUUGGGUCCGAUAGGAGCAAAUGGCCUAGCGAAUCCGAGAGACUUUCAGACACCAGUGGCUUCAUAUGAGGAUCGCGAGAUCGAUUACGAGAUCGUGUGUAAAUAUCAUGGAAAGUUGUUUGUGGCUAAUCAAAGUCAUAGUCCCUUUGACGUGGUUGCGUGGCAUGGCAAUUACGUACCAUACAAAUACGAUCUCAAUAGGUUCAUGGUCAUCAAUUCCGUCUCUUUUGAUCAUUGCGAUCCCUCCAUCUUCACCGUGCUGACGUGCCCCACUAACAAGCCUGGAACCGCCGCGGCCGACUUUGUGAUCUUUCCACCCCGAUGGUCCGUACAAGAGCAUACUUUCCGACCCCCUUACUAUCACCGAAACUGUAUGAGCGAAUUUAUGGGAUUGAUAAAGGGUCGUUACGAAGCAAAGGAGGAUGGUUUUUCUGCCGGUGGUGCAUCACUACAUUCUAUCAUGACUCCGCACGGUCCCGAUAAACAAUGUUUCGAUGCUGCGUCUAAGAACGAGUUAAUGCCAGAACGGAUUGCCGAUGGUACGCAGGCAUUUAUGUUCGAAACUUCAUACAGCAUGGCUGUGACAGAAUGGGCUAACAAGCUUUGCAACAAACUGGAUAAUGAGUACUACAAAUGCUGGCAGAGUCUACAGAAACAUUUUGACCUCACUGAUAAGCCGGUCAAAGAUAUUUAAGACGACGAUCAGAUGUCUUCAUUUUUUGACGCAUUUACGAAGGAGACGAUCUGUUUUAUCAGUUCUAAAGAUAAAUUUUCUAAAGAUAAACCUUUCUUCUCUCUCGAGGCAGAACAAAUUUUUAAGACCACAAUUUUCGUACGACAGUUUAUUUUCGCAACUUUGAAUCAACUUCGAGAAAAGAAGUUGAUGAUUUAUUUUAACGAAGAAAAAUAGAAAAGACAUCAGAGUUUUUUCUUUUCAAUAGCGACCACAUUAUUAAGAGCAUUUGAGAUAUCUCUUAUUAUUAAGUUAUUAUUACUGGUAAAUAUUAAUAUUUUUGUUAUUGAAAGAACAGGCGUUGUAAUUUUUUUCUUCUCCGUUUGCCUCUUUCAUAGUGUGUCGUAUCCAUGAAGAUGUAGUAUAAAAUUGCAAAGUUAUCUGGUGCGUGUAGCGGGGACUGAUUAUAAAUUCGCCAACAUCGCGUUCAUACAAGGAAUGUUACCGGGUGCAAAGAACUUUUAAUCGCAUCUACUUGCUAGCGAGUUCUCGAUAUGCAAUUUGACGAAAGUAUGUUAAAUUAUGCAUUACUGACAUUUAAAAGCACUUAAAUUUAUUUUGACAUUAAAAAGUACUCAACUUCACUUUUUAAUGAUAAUUAGAUACUAUGAAAAUAUAUUAGUUAUAUUUUAAAAUAUUAUUAGUGCAAUAGUAAAAUAUUACUAAAUUAGUUGUUUUUAUAUUUUUUCAAAACGUGCCGUGUAACUGUAGAAUGAGUUUCGUAAAAGACAAAUAAUUAACUCCAUGAAAACUAGAAAAAAUUGAUAAGAUUAUAAAAUGUAUUCUCUAGUAAAAUUACAAAAUUGGAAUUGAUUAGUUUGGCACUUCUGAGAUACAUAAAUACUUUUAACUUAAUCAAUAAAUUGUAUUGAAAUAGUAUAGAUGGAUUUAAAAAGUAAGAUAUAAUAUUUAGUAAUCAAAUAAUUAAUUUCUGUAAUAACAAUCAAAAAGUAACUUAGCUGUAAUACUCAAGAAAUUAAUAAAACACAUUGUUGCGUAACUUUGUGAAUACUAAUAUCUGCGCGAAUAUUAUCAUCGUAAUUUUUGAAAAUAGGAUACGUUGUUCUGAAUUACAUUUUCUAAAAUUUAAAUAUUUAGAUAAUUUUUUAAAAUGUAACUAAAAAUAAAUUUAAAUAUAUAUAUCUAAAAAAAUAAUUUAAAUAUGUACAUCUAUUGACUUUGCAUAAACGAGUGAACAAUGAAGAUAUUAAAGG